GGGCAGUUUUGUUUUUUUUUCUAGGUCGUUGUUGCCACAGCGAUGUACCCGGAUCAGAUCUUCAACACUGAAGCUCCUCUUCACUCUCCUUCCUCGCUCAGGUACUCUCUGACAGAAGAGGGUCUGGCUUUGGCAGAGCGACUGGAGUCAGUAGAACGAGGGACUAAAGACGGCCCAGAGGGGGACAGAGAGGAGGUUAGGAGUGAAGGAGGAGAGGAGGAGGAGGAGGAGGGAGAGGUUGGGGUGGUGGACCUUACUGGGAGCGAUCAUGGUGAAGAAGAGAAGGAAGAAGAGCGAGUACAGCCGGCUUGUGUUUCCCAGCCGAGGAGCGAGGCCAGUUCCCAGGCAACGACCAGAAAGGCGAACGGAGGACGUCUUCUGCCCGGAACCUAUGAAAUUAUACUUUGUGUUGACUUCAUUGAGACCACCGGCGGCAGCCACCACUGUAAGCAGGAGCUGGUCAAAGAGCUUCAGAGAAACGGAGUGAACUUCGACGUCAGGAAGCUAAACGUCGGAGACUUCCUGUGGGUGGCCCGAGAAAAGGUCGCGCCUGUUCCAGGUCAGUUGCGUGCCCCUGUAGGCAGGGAGCUCGUCCUCGAUUACGUCAUUGAGAGGAAGAGGAUGGACGAUCUGUGCGGCAGCAUCAUCGAUGGACGCUGCAGGGAACAGAAGUUUCGACUGAAGAGGUGCGGUCUUCGCAGGCCCAUCUAUCUGGUAGAGGAGUGUGGGAAGGCUGCCUCCCACCUGAGUCUACCUGAAAGUACACUGCAGCAGGCCAUAGUCAACACACAGGUAGUGGAUGGCUUCUUUGUGAAGAGAGUCCAGGAUGUGAGGGAGUCAGCGGCCUACCUCACCGUCAUGACGCGAUACCUGACUAAACUUUACCAGAACUGCACGCUGAUCUGUCGCUCCAGAGAGCUGGAGGGCGACGGAGGAGGGAGUGACGAGGAGGAGAGAGGAACCCCUUCCUGCUCUCUCAUUUCUUUUCAAGAGUUCAACCACGGUGCAGUUAAAAACAAGUGUCAGACGGUGAGGGAAGUGUUUGCCAGGCAGCUGAUGCAGGUAAGCGGUUUGUCUGGAGACAAGGCCGCUGCUAUCCUGGAGCUAUACAGCACUCCGCACAGUCUUCUGGCGGCCUAUGAACAGUGUGCAAGUGAGGCAGAGAAAGAGAAACUCCUCUCUUCCAUCCGAUACGGGAAGCUCAAAAGGAACCUGGGUCCAGCUCUGAGCAGAACGGUGUAUCAGCUGUACUGUACUCAAGGAGCACUGUCAUAGAUGCACACAGUAACACUUUCACCCAGUCAUAUAUUUUCUGUCUCAUAGACGGAUGCAAACUCAAGCUAACUCACUUUAUAAUGUAAAUCCAUUCGUUCAUCCAUUCUUAGUUCCUGCUUUACUUGAAUUAAUUUGAGGACGGUAAUUUACACGUUCAUGUAAAUGUAAAGAUACUGCUAUAUUUUGAUUAUGUCAAGUAUUUCUCAAAUGUAUCCUGAUACUGCAUCAAUAAAGUUUAUUGUUUUGUA